GUGCUAUUUAAGCUACAAACAAAUGGUAUGGGUAACUUGGUGGAAAUGGCAAAAAUUUUAGCACAUCUAAAAUUAACCAAGGAAAAGUUUACUGAUAUGUGUAUUGCAGCUGGUUGUGACUACAUAGAAAAUAUCCGAGGUAUUGGCAUAAAUAAGGCUAAGAAAAUUGCUUGUGAGAACAAAAAUUAUUUAAACGUGUUCCAGUCAUUGCCAUUUGCUCCAACUGACUACAAGAAACGGUUCCAACAAGCACAAAUGGUUUUUCACCACCAGACAGUCAUUGAUCCUGUCAAAUAUGAAACAGUCCCAUUAAGUCUGUUCUUCGGUUGUCCAACAGUCUGCCAUUGUGUAUUGUGUAUUGUGUCUUGCUCAUUUUGA